GAAGCUACGAUUCGAGUCACACAGCACAGCAGGAGUGAAUACGCAGUAAGUUCAUUUACCUGACAGAGCUGUAAUUUUGAGUUACAGCAUGAAUCUUUGCUACAAGUGGUUGAAAGUAACAUUAGCAUAGAAAAGAAACAAACAAACUAUAAAGCUGUUUCACAAUGGACGACGUUGGCUAUUUAUUGUGAAGAGAUAACAAAAAAAACGCAAAAGCAUGACUGGUCCCUCUAAAGUGUGGCCUCACCUCUUCUGGAUCUAUUUAUUAGUAGGUCCAACUGGAGUGCUGUUGCAGCAGAUCCAGCUGGAGCCUCUGGAUGCCACAGUGCACCGAGGCUCAGAUGUGCAGUUCAAAGCAACUGUGGUGGGACUAUGGGAGGUCAUGACCUGGCAUGUCAGAGGCCUCUUGGUUCUCACCAUCCUCCCAAACACUAAUAUCAGCUCAUCUCCAGGAAGGUUCUCUGCCACAUUCUGCUCCAGUGGUGACACCGGCUGUGUUGACUUCAUCAUCCAUAAUGUGACACAAAAGGAGUCAGGGCCAGUCAUUUGUACUGUGCAGGGAGAGCAAGGAUCCAAGACAGCACAGCUGAACAUCCAAGAGAGUGGCACCGUCACCAUCGUUGGAGGGAACAUAACCGCGGUACAGGAUCAACAUAUGACGUUCCAGUGUAUUACAGCUGCUUGGUUCCCUGAACCCACAAUCACCUGGGCCACAAAUGGCCGGUUGGUAGACAGCAGCCUGUACAACACCACCAGCACGGAGGCGGGAGAUGCCUAUAACUCCACCAGUGUCCUCCAGUUCCAGGCGCUCAGUGACACCGUGGUGGAGUGUUUGGCAACUGUUCAGACUCUGACAGAACCCCGGUCUAGCUUGAUCCACUUGGUAGUAGUUCCGAAACCCCCCGACUGGACUGUUCUCAAAGCCGUGGUUGUGUCUUUCGGGGGCAUCGCUUUGCUGGUUCUGCUCAUUGCUGGGAUCACAUUCUGCUACAAGCGCAGGAAAGAAAAAAAACCUAACUAUCAACAAGAAAUGAGCAGGAGAGUGAAGACACAGGGCCAGGUGAACACAGUUUAUGUGUCAGACAAUCAUAAAAGUGCUGCUCUGGGUGCACUCAACAGCAGCGGAUUUUGUCAGGCAAAAGGGACCAGUGUAGUGGAGAUGCCUCAUGUGAAAAAUGAUCAGGCAGAAGGGUGCUCCAACCGCAGCUCCCCCUCUGUGGAUCUAUCAGGCUUCAGAAAACACAGACAUGCCACCAUUGUGUGAGAAGACAAAUGUGUAUAUGAGGCUUAAAACAAUCUCGCUCAGGCAUUUUGGAUCCUAGCAAAAAAAUAAGACCCGGGAAAAAAAGACUGAAUCUGCCCCGAACAAUGCACUGACAAAAUACAGUAUGCAGCUGAAACAUGGCAUUAGGCCAAAAUAAUUUCUCUUACAAAACAAUUCAAUGCGUUAAUAAAGGCUGGCUGUAAUUGAAGUAGCAGUGCAAUGACACGUUAAAUGAGAACAGUUAUCGCCUAAUGACAAACAACUGCAGCAGCAUUUGCAGCAGGACUAGCUCACACUCCUGAGCUUGUGAAAGGACUGAGGCUGCAUUCUUACGUCUUUUACACAUGCUGUUAUAAUAAUGCAAUAUUUGUGUUUUUUAUACUUUUUAGUAUAAGUUUGAUUUUUUUGAAUUAUUUGAGUGAGCAGGGUUGGCUCUGCCUUUAAUCUGUAAAAGUGAAAUUUUGUAAACAAAGUUGCCAUAAACAGAAGUGAUUUCUCCACAGAAAUCAAUUCAUGUAUUUUAAAAUUUUUUGAUGAUCAGAAUGUGGGAAUUACAAUGUCAGACCACAUACAUUGUUAAAGCCAGUCAGUAAAUUUUGCGCCAUGGUUUCCUGGAAAGGGUCUUGUCUUGGAAAGGUCUCAUUACUGACUGUCCAUUUAGUUGAAUUCACACAGGGACAUGGGAAUAUAAUCAAAGAACACCAAUAGGCAUGACGAUUCUAUCUAUAUGCAGUUUGCUGAAUAUGAGGAGCAUGUGUCUUCCACUGACUGUAAUCUGUGAUUCUACAAUUAGCAAGACAUCGAGUGACUCAAAAUUAAUCAUAACAGUAGAAACAAAUAUCACAGGUUAGUUAAAACAUCUCCACAAUAUUAUUUUAAUAUAUUAGCACACAAAAAACUACUUGGCUAUAAAAUACACUUUGCACUGUUGCAUGCAAGAGGUGUGAGGAAAUGACUCAUCCAGGUGUCUGUCUAGACACACAAGGAAAGUGAUGCUCAAGAGUGAUGCUGUGUCAGCCUCUGUCAGUGUGGGGGUUAGGCUCUAAUGUGAGGGACCCUCCAUUACUGGGAAACCCAAUGCUGAAUCAGAUUACCUGCUCUGUCUAUGUUUCCAUUCUGGAGAGCAUCAGCGCCCCCCCCCCC